AUGACAAGCCUUGUCAAAGGUGUUGUUAAGAAGAAGAGUACUUCUGCUGGUCCUAUCAAGAGCAGAGCUAUGACUAAGAGUACAGGGGUUGGUCCAUCAAAGUCCUGGAGCAAGGUAUUUCCCAAGAAAAGAAAGGAGCGGGAUAUUGUUGAAUCUAUGUUUGAUGCUGAAGUGGAUGUUCCUGAUAUUCCAUCAAGGAAGAAGCCUACAACCAGCAAGCUUGCUGCAAGUAUUUAUAAAGUCCCUAUUGACAAUGUGUCAUUACACUAUGCCUCCAGUGCCAGCAGGUCGAAAUAUGUGCUCCAAAAGAGACUGGCUGUUGAAAGGGAAUUGGCUCCAAAUGCCCUUGAGAACAAGGAAGUCUUAGAGCUAAUUCAGGAUGCUGGGCUAUUGAAGACUGUUUGCGAUCUUCCCAAGUGUUAUGAGAAGCUGGUCAAGGAAUUUGUGGUGAACCUAUCUGAAGAUUGUGGAAACAGCAAGAGUGUGGACUUUAGAAAGGUGUUUGUGAGAGGUAAGUGUGUAUCAUUCUCUCCUUCUGUGAUUAAUAAAUUCUUAGGAAGAACAGAUGUAGCUCAACCUGAGCUUGAAGUGACAGACAACAAAGUUUGUCAAGUGAUCACAGCCAAGCAGGUAAACAGUUGGCCCCUGAAAGAGAAAAUGACAGAAAGUAAGCUGAGCAUCAAGUAUGCAAUGCUUCACAAGAUAGGAGCAGCUAAUUGGGUACCAACGAAUCACAAGUCCACUAUUUCAACUAUUCUUGGCAGAUUUCUGUAUGCUGUAGGAACAAAGGCAAAGUUUGACUAUGGAACAUAUAUUUUCGACCAAACUAUGAAGCAUGCUGGAAGCUUCAGCGUUAAGGGUCCAAUUGCCUUUCCAUCCCUUCUAUGUGGCAUAAUUCUGACUCAGUAUCCCAACAUUCUCAAUGAGCAUGAUGUAGGUAUGCAUGUUCUAGACAUUGUCAUGACAUCGGCUGAAACAUCCAAGUCUGGAGCAUCAGUCAGCAAAGCAGAAGUGAUAGCAAUGUUCAAAGAGACCUGCAAAGAGCUGGAAGCUAGGAAAGUAUCACUUGAAAAGAUGAUAAGCACUCUGGAAAUGAAUGGGAAUGAGGAAUUUGCAGAUGCUGAAAAGAUGGCAGAUGAAGAUGUGGAAGAAGAGGGUACCAGUCCUACUGAUGACGCCGAGAAAGGAAGUUAUGCAGACACCUCAAGUGGGUCUGACUCCGGGUAG